UGCAAAACAUAGGGAUGGGCGUUGGGAGUGGGCUAUAGCUCCUAGUGUCCCUCCAUCUGCGAGAUAUCAGCAUGCUGCUGUCUUUGUCAAUGCAAGACUGUAUGUGUCUGGAGGAGCUCUUGGUGGGGUGGGCGCAUGGUAGAUGACUCUUCUAGCAUUGCAGGUGUGCUGCUUGAUGAUUUACUUGUUGCUGAAGAUCUGGCUGCUGCUGAGACAACAAGUGCUGCUUCCCAUGCUGCUGCAGUGGCUGCUGCUUCAAAUGUACAAUUAGGAAAGGCACCAGGAAGCUACUCAUAUGCUGAUGAGAGGUCAAGGCAAAAUAAUUCCCAGACAGAUCAUGAUGGUGCAAUUGUGGUGGGAUCUCCGGUUGUCCCUCCUCUCAAUGAAGAUAUGUGCAAUGAUAUAAGCACUGAACAUGCUACGCUCCAAGGAGGACCAAGAAGAUUGAGCAAAGGUGUCAAGGCUUUAGUUGAAGCCUCUGCAGCAGAGGCAGAAGCAAUCAGCUGCCUUAAAGGCACGACAAGUCAAUGGUCACAUGUCACAGUUGCCUAAUCGAGAUAAUGGUCCAGAAGCUACACCUAGUGAGAAACCAGUAACGAGCAUGGUUAAAGUGUCAGAUCCUUCUGUAGCAACUAAUACCCCACCAACUGGUGUUCGACUUCACCACCGAGCAAUGAGCAUAAUUAUUUGGAAGUGGAAGUAGUAAUUUCUGGAAUUUUGAGAUAAAAUUACAUGGAAUAAACAAGUCACAUGUUUCCAUAUUAUUGUCUAUUCAGGACAUACAAAUGAUAUCUGUCUUGUUCUUAGUUUUGAUUUAUUUCUAUUAUCAAGUUUUAGUACGAUAUUUAGUUCAGGAUAUGUUAAAGACAUUUUGCUUUGUCAUUUAUUCUUGCAAAUUCCAAACCGGCCAUUAUGAUUUCACUUUUGUUUAUUUUGAUGUUGAAACUCUACAUGUUUGUUACACCAGGUGGUUGCUGCUGCAGAGACAAGUGGGGCUUUGGGUGGUAUGGUCAGGCAACUCUCAAUAGAUCAGUUUGAAAAUGAAGGUAGGAGAGUAAGUCAUGGCACUCCUGAGAGUGCAAUUGCAGCCCGGAGAUUGUUGGAUAGACAAAUGUCUAUAAAUAGUGUGCCAAGAAGGUUAUAGGACAUCUACUGAAACCACGUGAUUUGGAAACCACCUGUACAGAGACAGUUCUUUUUGAUUUGCAAUGAAGUUGCUGAUCUUUGUGAUAGUGUUAUGGAGUUCUGUAAUAACAAUGACCUUCAGUUGAAUGUACGAGCACAUGAGUGUGUGAUGGAUGGCUUUGAGUGCUUUGCCCAGGGACAUUUGAUUGCUCUUUUCUCUGCAACCAACUAUUGUGGAACUGCAAAUAAUGCAGGAGCAAUUUUAGUUUUAGGGAGAGACCUGGUCGUUGUUCCAAAACUUAUUCAUCCUUUACCCCCUGCCAUUGAUUCACCUGAGGCUUCACCAGAGCGUCAUACAGAAGAUUCAUGGAUGCAGGUGUGGCACUCUUCGAUUAGCGAUUGCACGGCAGUACGUGACUUGUAGGAUUUUAUUUUAUGAUCUUUUGUGUUUCUUUGCUAUGUUAGGAACUCAAUGCCAAUAGACCACCGACACCUACAAGAGGCCGACCUCAAACAUCCACAGAUCGAGGUUCUCUUGCUUGGAUGUAAUUACUAGCUGUGUUAUUGUUAGCUUGUUCUCUGGUCUGAUGCAUUUGGGGUGGUUGUCCCCUAUGAAAACACCGGAAUUAUAUUUGUCCACAUCAAUUCAUCGAAAAAGA